AGACUCCGAAUAUUUGCCUUGAAUAGCCGCCUAGAACUGCUUCUCCAGCUGCAAAACAGGUUGACGCGUUUAUAUUCGCAGCAUAUCAGCUUAUCCUAUCGACUGAUAUCAUUUCUAAUGACCUGAUGUUCUACCUGGUCGUGCUACUCUCGUUCUGUUUUGCUAACGCUUAUGUUAUCUAUGUAAUCUAUCAGAGUAUGCAAAAGUGUGGGAAGAAUAAAGAGAUAAAAGACGAUGUUCGAGAGGAGUUGCAAGAAGAAUCAAAGCUGAAGAAAGUGGAGUAAUCAGUCUUGAGGAACAAAGUGUCUCAAUCUCUCUUGUUAUAAGAAACAGGGCGAAUUCUCUGAAUAAACCCUACAUAUUCGC